GAAACAAUUCCAUUUUACUUCUUACAAUAGUCUGCAAACAAUAGGACUAUACUACUCCAUUAAACUAUCAGACUUCAUUUCGUUUUGUUUUCUUCGUUAAAAAAUGGACUGUCCGAACUGCCAUACAUCGUUAUUACAACUCCCACAUGGUGCUCAAUGCAUGCGCUGUGCCGCCCGCCGUGCAGUCACUCGCAUCGGCGGCCGGCUACAGCUACUUGCCUACAAAAAUCACCACAUUGCUCAGACCUUUUCUUCCUAUGGCCGCCGUACACCUUCUAGUAAUCAACUACCUUCGCCUUUUGGUCGAAAGAGAGCUUUGAUUAUUGGUAUUACGUAUAAGAAAACCAAGAAUGAGCUCAAGGGCUGUCUCAAUGAUGCUAAAUGUAUGAAGUAUUUGCUUGUCAAUCGGUUCAAGUUUCCUCAAGAUUCUGUUCUCAUGCUCACUGGUCAAACAUUCUUUCUCUCCUUAUUACUUUGUCGUUAUCGAGUUUAA